AUGUCUUCUUGUGUGAGCAAGAUUUGGCACAAAACAGCUCAGGACGAGCGGUUAUGGGAGCUGAUCUGUACUCGUCACUGGGCUAACAUCGGCUGCAGCCACCACCAGCUCAGAUCCGUCGUUCUUACGCUUGGCGGUUUCCGACAACUACACUCACUCUACCUCUGGCCUCUCUCUAACCCUAAUCCAAAUCCUCGGUUUGGUAAAGACGAGUUGAAACUAUCACUCUCUCUUCUCUCUAUUCGAUACUACGAGAAGAUGAGUUUCACUAAGAGAGCCACAUGA